GGACUUAGCUAUUUUUAAAACCGUCAACUCAGUAGCCACCUCCCUCCCCCGCUCAGCUGUCCAGUACUCCGGCCAGCCAUAUACUCUCCCUUCCCCCCACACCAAACCUUCUCUGGCUCCCUGACCUGAGUGAGACUGCAGCCGGCCUGGGGACCUGGGGGAGACAUGGAGAAAGAGACAGGGGACCCCUGGCUGGAGCUGACCAACAGAGUAGGCAACCAUGGCUGGAGAACUGGAUAUCAGAAUAAUGUUUGACCUCUGGAAACAUCAUUUACAGGACGUCCAGUCAAAAUUCACUAGGUAGGAGGGUCAUCAGCUGGGAAGAACCGGCGCCUGGGGGGACCUGGCUGGAUAGGUAUGGGGGAGCCAGGCCAGUCCCCUAGUCCUGGGUCCCCCCAUGGCAGUCCCCCAACUCUAAGCACUCUCACUCUCCUGCUGCUCCUCUGUGGACAUGCUCAUUCUCAAUGCAAGAUCCUCCGCUGCAAUGCUGAGUAUGUAUCGUCUACUCUGAGCCUUAGAGGUGGGGGUUCAUCGGGGGCGCUCCGAGGAGGAGUCAGCGGCCGGGGUGGAGGGGUGGGCUCUGGCGGCCUCUGUCGAGCCCUCCGCUCCUAUGCGCUCUGCACUCGGCGCACCGCCCGCACCUGCCGCGGGGACCUCGCCUUCCAUUCGGCGGUACACGGCAUCGAAGACCUGAUGAUUCAGCACAACUGCUCCCGCCAGGGCCCUACUGCCCCUCCCCCGCCCCGGGGCCCCGCCCUUCCAGGAGCAGGCCCCGGCCUUCCAGCCCCGGACCCUUGUGACUACGAAGGCCGGUUUUCCCGGCUGCACGGUCGUCCCCCGGGCUUCCUGCACUGCGCCUCCUUCGGGGACCCCCACGUGCGCAGCUUCCACCACCACUUCCACACGUGCCGUGUCCAAGGUGCUUGGCCCCUGCUGGAUAACGACUUUCUCUUUGUCCAGGCCACCAGCUCCCCCGUGGCAUCCGGGGCCAACGCUACCACCACCCGGAAGCUCACCAUCAUAUUUAAGAACAUGCAAGAAUGCAUUGACCAGAAGGUCUACCAGGCUGAGGUGGACAAUCUUCCGGCAGCCUUUGAAGAUGGUUCUAUCAAUGGAGGUGACCGACCUGGGGGGUCCAGUCUGUCCAUUCAAACUGCUAACCCUGGGAGCCAUGUGGAGAUCCGAGCUGCCUAUAUUGGCACAACUAUAAUCAUCCGGCAGACAGCUGGGCAGCUCUCCUUCUCCAUCAAGGUAGCAGAGGAUGUGGCCAGGGCCUUCUCCGCUGAGCAGGACCUACAGCUCUGUGUUGGGGGGUGCCCUCCAAGUCAGCGACUUUCUCGAUCAGAGCGCAGUCGUCGGGGAGCUAUAACCAUUGAUACUGCCAGACAACUGUGCAAAGAAGGGCUUCCAGUGGAAGAUGCUUACUUCCAUUCCUGUGUCUUUGAUGUUUUAACCUCUGGUGAUCCCAACUUUACUGUGGCAGCUCAGGCAGCUCUAGAGGAUGCUCGAGCCUUCCUGCCAGAUUUAGAGAAGCUGCAUCUCUUUCCCUCAGAUGCUGGAGUUCGUCUCUCUCCAGCAACCCUCCUAGCCCCACUGCUUUCUGGGCUCUUGGUUCUGUGGCUUUGCAUUCAGUAAGUAGGCCAUGACUACAGUAAGUAGGCAAUCCCAUGACUGGUUUGGAAAUGAUUUGAGGAUAGAGAUUAGCAUGGAAGAACAUUUUUAAAAUCACUAAAGCAAACAGUGGGGACUAGGAGACACAUGAAACAAUGACAUUUAUCCGAAGUCAGAUAAAGUUGCAGUCCAGGGUUGAAAUGAUCACAGAAUAAGAAUUUUGGGCAAGGUUUCUGCA